AUGGACAACUACGUCGGCAGUGACGCGUAUGGCUACGGAUUCCUCGCCAAUAAGGCGAUCUGGCACAACAAGGCAAAGUUGCAUUCCUACGGGGAAAUUUUCAAGCAAGGCGACGUCAUCCAAGUCACGUUGGACUGUAAUGCCAGAGCUCUCGCUUUCAGCCGCAACGGGGAAUAUCUGGGGAUCGCAGCCACCAAUAUGCGUGCAGGGACUAAUCGAGCAGAUAAUGACGGAAACUGCAAAUGGUUUCCAGCAUUCUCCAUGUACAACAAAGACGAUAAAGUCACGUUGAUCCCUCCACCCGCUGCCACAACGUUUGCUACGAAGGACGGUCGGCCACAGAAUGCUUCAACACUGGAGCUCAUUGAAGCGAUGCAGAGUGUAUUGACGUACCAACGUCACGCUUUCGAGGAAUUUGACCAUUGGAGACGUGGAGAGGUUUUAUUCCGUGAGACUUGUCUUGGACAAGUGAUUGCGAUUAGUAAGAGCAAGUCUAUAAAGGAGAAAUACGGACUGGCGUUUGGAGACACUGUGUUUACCUCCAAAGGGCAGUGUACUGUUCUUGGCGAGUAUCGACAUGAGCUGUGGUACGAAGUUGAUGAAGGAGGAGGGUCAUCUCUUUACGGGACAGCUUCUCCUUCUCAACUCGCUUCUUGGAGUUUAAGUACUUGUCGCGAAAUGCUAGAGUCACCAGACGAGUAUCCAGUUCAUCGUCUUCACAAGUAUAAGGAGAGUAGUGAAGCAGAUUCUGUCGAGCAUCAGACUUCAUCUGACAUUACCGAGCACGACGAGUUUUCGUUCCAGUCAUUUGUCGACGCACAGAUGAAAUGGUGUGAGAACGGUGACGUUGCGGGGGCUGACUCCAAGAUAAUCGCCAAACUUGACGCAAUUGCAUCGUCACAGAGUUCCAACAGUGCCGUAUUGCUCUCCUAUGCGGAUAUUUCAAUGGCUUUACUCUUGGAGAGGAGUUAUGGUACGAGAGCAGAGUUAAGGGCUAACCAAGUAUUGGCUCGUAUUGGAUUCCUGCUGCAUGUGAAUCGAUGUCUGUACAGAGUUGUGCGUCUCGCUAUACCGAGAAAUAUAUUCGCUACAUCGCUUGGGGUACCGGAGAGUCCUGAAUGCUUGACAAAGUCUAAUUUGAAGGAGCCACCAAUUGGAUGCAUGGAGUAUCCACAGGUCUCUCCUGUCGCAACUCUGCUGAACUCGCCUCAUUGGACUGCUGAAGAUCCGUCAGCUUUUUCCCAAAUUGCAAUCGUGGCAGGUCAGCUUCUGUUCUCGUCACAGAAAGAAAAACUCAUUGAAAGAGAACUAGAUAGGACUAUGACGACAAGUCGGACACUCGAUAGUGUGCAAGAUCCCUGUGAGAAUGAAGAUGUCGGUGAUCUCCCAGUAGUCAAGAUAAGAUACCCAUUCUCAACAGGAGUCCCAUUCUGGGAGUGUAGCUCUGCAAUGCUGAAGAGAAAGACGCGCUUUUGGCUUCCGAAGGUCAUCGAAUCAUCGAUUUUCCUGCAGUUGGCGAAGCAGUUGACCGCACAAGAUGCUCGACAGUGGAGACGCUCAUCCACGCAGCCAUUCGAAGCGAUCCCGAUCUCUCAAACAUUUCGAGUUCGUAUCGAGAAACAACCGACUGAAUCAAGCGGAGAAAUCGGACAAGAUGAGUUCGACCAACAGCAACAGGAUGAGGACGACGAAGACCAGCUUCAGCAACCUUCUUCUAAGCAGACAGCCAAGUACUUGAACCUCUUUGAGAGUGCAGUUCGCGAGAUCCAGUCGCCUUCGUUCCCGCUGUUUGCACCCGUUCAAGGUAUUGGCAAACCCCUUCAACUUGAUGUCAACCUCGAAUUGUUUUCCCCGAUAGCGUUGGCACAUUCUCGAGUGCCAAGCUCCCAAUUGUUACUUUGGUACUUUUGCUUCGGACAGAUUCUCGGAAUCACGUGGCGAAGUAAACUUCUUCUUCCGUUGCAAUUUAUCACAACGUCAUUCUGGGAAGAGCUUGUCGAUUCCCUUAGAAAUGAAGACAGAAACAGCGUGCGGGACGUUUCUAUUUGUGCUAUUCGCGAUGGGUUUUUCUCCAUUAUCCCAAGUCGAUGUGUUGUGCUUUUGAGUGGGAACAAUUCCAGUCUCCGAGAAUUACUUUCCGACUUGGAUGUAAACUUCGUCACUAGACUGGAACGUCACGCCACUUACUCGGUCUCUCGUCAAAGGCACCACGAUUCAUUCUGGAACGUUGUGAACGCCUUCACGUCAGUGGAGCGGCGUAUGCUGGAGCAAUUCGUAAACUCAGAGCGACGACGUAACACCAAGCGAGGCGAAGUGACACAAGACACCGACAAUUCCGCAAACUUCGUCCUGGAGAUGGCAGACGCGUUGGCUGACGGUCGAGACCAUCCGGACUCGUGCUACCCCGUUGUCGUGUCUACUGGUCAGCAAUCGAGUCGGCUUCAUCUCCCCGCAUACUCAUCCGCACAAACGCUGCGUCAAAAGUUACUGCUCGCUAUGACCAACGUCCCUUUCGUGUAA